AUGCCCCGCCCUGUCCUCCUGUCACGCACGCUCGACCCCGUCCUCGGCAUCUUCACGGGCUUCCUCGCAUACUACCUCCACGAGACGAACCCCCGCACCGCGCCACCACCAGGUCACACGCUCAAGGACCUCGUCGAAUGGCAGUGGGGCGUGUCAGCUGCCAAGCGCGACCAGCGCGCGGCGGCCACCGAGGCGGCCGACGCGGCCGAGUUUGAUGCCGUGCGCCGCGAGCUCGAGGCGGCUGCUGCUGCGCCGCCCGUGGAGGUGAAGAAGGUGGUCGUUGUUGAGACCAAGGACGCGGGCGUUUGA